AUGUCCAAAGCAAACUGGUUUGCAUCCCGGCAUUUCGUGCUCUCGCAGUGGAUUCGCCACGUACGAAAGAACGCUGACGUGGUGUACAUGAUUUGCCAGCCCCGUGAUUGUUACGACCAAGACAGACCCUUUUCCACUGUCCGUACCCAAGGGUACUGUAUAAAUACAACCUCACUUCAUCUUACCCCUGCACACUAUAUUCAUAUUCACUCCCACUCUCCCUCUUCCUUCACUCACCCGAAUCAAUCUACCAUCCAAUUCUUCCCAACACCCCCAUCCACAAUGAGUUUCUUCGAGAAGCAGAUGAAGAAGGGCCUCCUCAAGGAAGCCGAAAAAGUCUGGGAUCAGAACAAGGCCAAGUUUGGCGUCAAUUCGAAGCAACCAGGCGGUCAUGGUGCCCCGGGGUCAGCCGCUGCUCCAGGCGGAUAUCCUGCACCUCCACCGCCGACCGCACCGUACCCGUCCGACCAAAUGCAUCAGCCCUACCCAACAGCCUCUCACGUGCCUCCUCCGCCAACCGCACCGUACCCGUCCAACCAAAUGCAUCAACCCUAUCCGACAGGCUCUCACGUGCCUCCUCCGCCGCAGGACCCUUAUCCUACGGAUCCGCAGGGAUAUAAUCCCUAUCCGACUAGCACUUAUGGGCAGCAGGCGGGUGCAAAUGGAGGCCAUGGUCAGCAGCCGUAUCCGAGCGGCGCGUCGUCACAACAAUAUCAUGCGAGUGGUGCCGCACCGCACCACCAUACAGGCGCCGAUGGGAUGCCGCAAUCAGGGCCGGGCGCGUAUCAGAAGCCUCAUGGAGGGUAUAGCUCGAAUGCUGGGACUGCAUCUGGAGGAGGAAUGGGUGGCAAGAUGGGAAAGUUUAUGGCGAAGCUAGAGGAGAAGGCAAGAGACCCUGCGCUUCAGGCCAAGGCGGAGAAGUUGCUUAGAUCUAAGGCGAAGAACUCUAUGUAUAAGCACUGAUUUGGAGUUGAACGCACCAGAGCGUGUUGAAGAUUUGUACAAGAAUGGAUGUCUACUUGUUCAUCUCUCUCCAGAGGCGGCGUUUUACCCGUUUGUUGGGCGGAGUACAUGACCCCACCGUUGUGUUUCCGAGCGCCACUGUAGAAUGCUUAAACCCCACUAGCUUAUCUUGACGCUACUAAAGAUUAACUUAUUUGGCACCCUUUA